CUUGGACAUAUCCGCAGCUCUUAAGCUGCUUCCAAGAACCCUAGGACCUUCAGGCUUGCCGUCUCCUUUUUGACUCAUUCUACUUGUACGAUGUCUCUUUGUUCUGUGAACGAAUCCAUACGGGAGACCAGCGACAACUGCUGGGUCAUUGGAGGAAAGAUCCUCUUAACUCGAGCUGAGUCGCCUCUUUGUAGCCCUAGCUGGAGCGAUGGCAAAGGAUCAUUCUACAACAUUUCGGAGGCUGCAUCUCCAGUACCACCAUCUAGGCCACUUUCGACCGAAAGCUGCAUCAGGAAAGUCUACGAGGCUGGCGGCGCAUCAGCCGUAUGGGUCGUCGGCGAUGCUAUCUGCAAAGUUAAGGUUCUAGACCCUCACUCAACGCGCGAACACACUACAUUGCAGUAUCUUCACGAUAAACAGCACCUGAGCUUUCCAGUCCCGAAGGUUUAUUAUCACACCGAGCAUGACAAUCGAUACUACAUCAUACAGAGCAGACUGAGCGGCGAAACUCUUAGCAGUGUCUGGUCUACCGCGGAUGAUGUAACAAAACAACAAUAUGUCACUAGGGUUGUGGAUAUCUGUCAGGAACUGGCAAUAUGGCGUGCCGAUAACGUUUGUGGUGUUGAUGGCAAGCACUUAUCAGACCUCUACCUUACGCGGCGAUUGUCGAAUGAUUGUAGUCCCACGACUUUACUGAGAAAUUGCAAAGAACUGGAAAUGGAUUGCUCAGAGUUUCUGUUCUAUCAUUGCGAUCUGGGCCCCGGAAACAUCAUCGUGAAUACCACAGACGGUACGCUCGGGCUGAUUGAUUGGGAGACAGCUGGCUUCGUUCCUCGGGAAUGGAUCAGAACUAAGUUCCGUGUUUCAGGCGGUCUGGAUCUACCUGGCCAUGAUCAUGAUUCCAGAGGAGAUUGGAGAAGACGCGUCCAGAGGCACUUGGAGAAGGAAGGCUUUCCCGAUAUCGCAGAAACUUGGAUGACCUGGUGGAAAAACGAAAUGUAAAUCCAAAUUUAAGCUCACUAUGGUACAAGGGCUGAGUAUUUCCCAUGACGAGUGCAAGCUCUAGACGUGUUAUUUGCAGUUGAGGCCUGCGACUGAGGGCUUAUAAUCACCACACAGAACUUUAGACCUUUGACCAGCGUCGAGUAGGAAUAUAUCUCAGUGAUCAAGAUCAUAUCACGAGGAUAAGGUCCAAUUACCUUGGCUAAGAAGGCUCAGGAACCAAAAUCUCUUCAGUGUACUAAAGUUAAACGAUGACUUAGAUGUUGGCCGAAUGGAGGCAUGUUAAUGGUAAACAUGUUGAACCUGGAAUUACCUCAGGGAGCAAGAAAACCUCUUACCCUAAACUUAGAUGCCAAAAAUAAGUAGUCUAAAGAUCUACUAAGUAUGCCUAAGUAUACCUAAG